AUGGAUUCUGAGAAUGAGGUUGCUCUGGAGGAAGAGAAGCGUGUACUUGGUGUGACAGAUAAGAAGGAUAUAAACAAAGAAGAUGCAAAUGUUUGCGGUGAAGAAGUUCAUAAUGAGAAUGAAGCGUCUAAGAUUGAAAGCCAUGUUUCUAGUAAUGACACCGUUGAAUCUGAAGCCUUAAAACAUCCUAAGGAAACAAAUAGUAGAGAAAGUGUAGCUUCCAAGAAUAACAAAUUUGUCAAAGUUAAGUCCAAUUUGAAGGGAACAACUUCAACAUCUAGAAAACAAAGGCCAACACUUUCUCAGAGUUUUUCCUUCCCAGCCAAAUCAACUCGUGAAGAUUCUAUGCAGAAAAGCAUUGAUGGUUCUCUUUUUAAAACCAAAGUUAAAGCCUCCAAUCUUCACCAUUCAAGCAAGUCUUCAAACUCUGAAGGGAAGUCAAAUGAGGCAAAAACAAACACUGAAGGUUGUAAUAAGAGGACUACUUUGUCAUCCAUACCUGGUUUGAAAUCGGUGUUUGGAAGGUCUACUUCACUUGGUGCAGUCCACAAGAGUCACACAUCUGAGGCAUCCAUACCUGUUGAUCAGAGAAACAUAUGUUCUGGAUUUUCAUCUAGAUUGGAAGUAAGAGCUGAAAAGAGGAAGGAGUUUUUCUCUAAGUUGGAGGAAAAAGUUCAAGCCAAGGAAGCAGAAAAAUCCAAUCAACAAGUCAAAUCAAAGGAAAACCAAGAGGCAGAGAUCAAACAAUUGAGAAAGAGUUUGAGUUUCAAAGCCACUCUAAUGCCUAAUUUUUAUAAGGAACCACCUCCAAAACUUGAGCUAAAGAAGAUACCAACAACCCGGCCAAGAUCUCCAAAGCUUGGAAGGAACAAAGAGUCUUCUUAUUCAAGUGCACGUGGGAAUCAACAGCAGAAUGAUUCAGACAAGGCAAAGAUCAUAAAGGGUCAUAAAGAUGUGAUUUCGAAGAAACCAAUCAUGAAAAAUCAAGAUAAAGUGAAGUGUCAAGAAAAUGAAACCAAAGGAAGCAAUGAAGAAUGCACAAAUGACAUGGAGCAACAGUCUGAGACAGAUCAUUCUGCAAAUGAUCAAACUCUGUCUAUAAAUUCUACUACACCUGAGAUUGUGUCACAUGAUGCUACGGUUGGAGUUUAG